CAUAUUACCAUCCCUUCAUACUCUCUAUCAUCCAUCUAUCCCCAUAAACAUUCACAAUGCCGAGCGUCAAUAAGACAAAUCUCCACCCUUCCGGUAUCAAGCCGGUUGUGGAACACACUGAGAUUGAGGAGGAGCUUCACGACAAGGCACACAUCGACUAUGACCGUGUUGCUAUUGUCGCCAACCCCUCAGUUGCUACACUCUACGAGGAUGCCCUCGUGUACGAGACCGGUUCCGCCAUCACAGCUUCCGGCGCACUAUCAGCAUACUCGGGUGCUAAGACCGGCCGUUCGCCCUCGGAUAAGCGUAUCGUUGAGGAGGAGUCCUCCAAGGACGAUGUCUGGUGGGGUCCUGUGAACAAGCCGAUGGCUCCCGAUGUCUGGCGUAUCAACCGCGAGCGUGCCAUCGACUACCUCAACACCCGCAAGCGCAUCUACGUCGUCGAUGGGUUCGCCGGAUGGGAUGAGCGUUACAGGAUUCGUGUCCGCGUUGUAUGCGCCCGCGCGUACCAUGCCCUCUUCAUGCGCAACAUGUUGAUCCGCCCAUCGCGAGAGGAGCUUGAGCACUUCCACCCCGACUAUGUCAUCUACAACGGAGGCGGUUUCCCAGCUAACAGGUUCACUUCCGGUAUGACUUCGGCAACGUCGGUCGCUAUCAACUUCGCCGAGAAGGAGAUGGUUAUCCUUGGUACUGAAUACGCAGGUGAAAUGAAAAAGGGGGUCUUUACGGUUCUUUUCUACGAGAUGCCCGUCAAGCACAACGUCCUCACUCUCCACUCGUCGGCGAACGAGGGCAAGGACGGAGAUGUCACCGUCUUCUUUGGUUUGUCGGGUACCGGCAAGACCACGUUGUCAGCUGACCCCAAGCGUGCGCUCAUCGGUGACGACGAGCACUGCUGGAGCGACACCGGUGUCUUCAACAUCGAGGGUGGUUGCUACGCCAAAACUAUUGGUCUGUCUGCUCAGAAGGAGCCUGAUAUUUUCAACGCCAUUCGCUUUGGUUCGAUCCUGGAGAACGUCGUCUUCGACCCCGCCACACGCCAGGUUGACUAUGAUGAUGACACUCUGACCGAGAAUACCCGCUGCGCAUAUCCAAUCGAGUUCAUUGAGAACACCAAGAUCCCCUGCAUCUCCAGCUCUCACCCCAAGAACAUCAUCCUUCUCACCUGCGACGCCCGCGGUGUUCUGCCACCCAUCUCGAAACUCAACCCCGAGCAAACCAUGUACCACUUCAUCUCUGGAUACACCUCCAAGAUGGCCGGUACUGAGCAGGGUGUCACUGAGCCCCAGGCCACCUUCUCGUCGUGCUUCGCCCAGCCCUUCCUCGCCCUCCACCCCAUGCGCUACGCCAAGAUGCUCGCGGAGAAGAUUCAACAACACAACACCAACGCCUGGCUCCUUAACACUGGCUGGGUCGGCGCGGGCGCGCUUAAUAAUGGCAAGCGAUGCCCCCUAAAGUACACACGCGCCAUCCUCGACGCCAUCCACUCGGGCGAGCUCGCCAACGUCGAGUACGAGGUCUACGAGACGUUCAACCUGUCCAUCCCCAAGUCGUGCCCCAACGUCCCCGACGAACUGCUCAACCCGGCCAAGGCUUGGACUGGAACUGCCAACUUCAAGACCGAGGUCGAGAAGCUCGGCACGCUGUUCAUGGAGAACUUUAAGAAAUACGAGGACCAGUCUACGCCUGCGGUUCUCAAGGCCGGCCCCCAUGUAUGCUGCUGUCCCAAACACUAGACGUUGAUUCGACGUUGAUUCGAUGUUGAAUGGUGCUUUUUAACAUUUUUUAACAGACUGGAUAAUCGAUUUCUUGUAUCUUUUUUUCCGCGCGGUCGAUAGAUAGUCGACGUCAGUGCUGCUUUUCUUCGUGCGCGUUCGUAUAUCACUGGGACUUGCUUUUUCUUGGUUCGACUAGGGAGUUUCAAAAUGCUUCAUUAGGAACGUUACAUGAGUAGUUACAGGGAGGGGUGGGGUGAGGGAUGACGGAUAGUAGACAGAAUUGAAAAGAUUUCGCUUUAUCUCUGUUGCUGAGGUGCAUUGAAAUUUUGUAACAGCUUGACAACUACAUAGAGAUUUCAAGCUACAUCUUCAUAUCAC